AUAUAAUGACCGCGCAUAUUGGGCUAUUCGUAGGUGUUGUAUCGACCCAUCACACUCAAUGCCAUUCUCACUUGAAUAAUUUGUCUUUUGUGUUGAUUGUUGACUUGUUGUGAACGCAGCGUAGCUUGGGUUGUGCCUUACCCCUCGAUUCGUCCCCAUACUCGACAACGUCGUUCGGAAGAACUCCAACUGCUGGCAGAUCGGGGACAUCACACGACAGCACGCGUGGCCAUGGAGACACUUUCGAAAGAUGGGAAGGAGAACGACAAAAGGUUCAGGGGACGCUUCAUGAACAAGCUCUUCAAAGACAAGAAAGACGCCACCACCCCGCAGGAAGAUGUGGACGAAUUUCUCCACGGACCGUCAGACAAGUUGCAUAUGAUGCCAGUUACGAAUGGCCCUCCCAGCAUACCUCCUUUAGCACGAAUUGAUACGGCCAGCGCACGUCGGUGGCCAACUGCUGCAGAAGUCCAAACAACGAAAAGAACGCGGGGUCAGUCAAGUCCAAGACGGAGCAGGAAAGGGUUGGUCGUUCGAUUCACAGAAACCCAACCAGAGGUCAUUGGCGAGGGAGGUGAUGAAGCAACUUCACCUGUAUCUGAUAUAUCACUGAGGAAGAGGGCACAUAGUCAUCCACAAGUACGGCAGCCAAGUCGAGAGGAGGACUCACGAGGGCGCAGUGAGACCAACCCAGUCGAGUAUGGAGCAAGCUUCGCAGAGCGCAUGGCGGAGAAGGAGUCAUUUCGUCCUGAACCUUUACGGCGUACGCAAACAGGCUUCGAGUCAAUUGCAGACACUGGCAAUAGCUCUGUGCCAGCAAUGCCAGAGAUACGUACGGAAGAGCGACUUUCACCACACAAUGACCUCAGCCUACCACGAGACCGACGUUCAUUUGCGGAUAUGGUGAAAGACGAUAUGCGUUCAGGCGAGGGUCAGGCUUUGGUGAAGGGAUCAACUUCUCUCGAUGAACAAUUAGCACGACCCGACUCACCAGGAGCAGCCGCUCUUAGUGUUACACCACAGAUGGAACAACUUCAGAUCAACACGAUGAAGAAUCAGCACAUACCUAUUCCAUCUCCAGCAGUAUCCGAGUUCAGUCAUCCUCCAACGCCCAAUAGACCCGGAACAGCUUCUCUUUCGUCAGAUAGUCCUGCAGCCUAUUCUGCACAGUCAACAGUCUCACCCCACAAUUUACCAAGAAGUCUUCAAGUCUCACAAGAUUCACAUGACAGUCCAGCAACCAAUUCCAGGUCAUCACCUCUGAGCUUGAAAGGAGGUCUGUACGAUACGAAGAACCUCACAGAAAGCCCAGCAACGCUCUCUCGGACAGGUACUCUGUCACUUCCAGAUGCAGCUGUAGCUGUAGGAGAUGAUGCAUUGCGGGAAUUUUCGAGGCGGACCUCCCAUCUCAUCACAUUAUUUCGAUUAUCAAUGGAAGCGUUCAAACCAUUGCCUAAGUGCUCACUCGAAGAACUCGUCCGUGCUGGAUUGUGGUGGUUCUUGAGAGGUAGACUGAACAUUGAAUCUACAAUAAGAGACCGGCCUGCGAGCCCCCAAGCCCAACAUACCAAUUUCUUCCUUCGUCAGCAGGCGUACGCAGAUCUUGCUAAAGCACUUUGGUUGGUGGAGACCGUGACAGCCCAAUUCCCAGAAACUCAAUUACGACCCGGUUCCACAGACUCCACAUCACCUCUAGCCGAUAUUCUUGAGUGUCGUCAAAAUGUUCUCUCAAGCUUGAGGAAGUUGACCAUGUCAAUGAAACGCAACAACUUCUUACCUCCAGAAGCUGAUGAUGCUCCACUUACACAAGGACUAGAUGCGUCAAUAUGGGUUCAAGACGAAGGCAGUCGAUCUUUGAUUACGAGUCAGAGAUCAACUUCUAUCCUUCCCCUCUCAGAAGCGCUUCCACUGGGGGACACAAGCCGAACCUUCCAAUAUGUAAGAAUGUUUGUCGAAGCAAUGCUUGUUGAAGAGGGUGCACCACAGCACUAUCGCUUUCCUGCCUUGGUGACUGUAGUUCGUGGCCAGAAAGAGCAGACUAUAACUGCUGUCGUAGCAAGCCAAGAUGGUUCUAUAAAUAUGACUAUUCAAGCAGACAAGAAUCGUGGACCAACAUGGGAGGAUGUUCGAUGGCAAUCAAAGAAGCAAAUGGUCGAAGUCUACCUACCACGAGGCUUCAUCUUACGUCUUCAUCUUACCGAGCAAAAUUUCAGGAUACUUUGGGGUAUCUAUGAUUAUGAACAACAAACACAGGGGAUGCUUGAGCGACGAGAGGGUGAACAGAUCAUUUUUGAAACUGUUCUUCGAAAUUUUCAAUACUUUGAUCAAAAUCCCCAAGCUUCGUUCCCCAAGGAAGCACAACCACAAUGUCUUCUACGUGUCUUCGAAAAGACAAUUGUUCAGAAAGCUGCUACCGGACCUCGGACUCUACACCGAGGUUAUCGUCUAGCUUUGAACACAAGUACCAAGACCAAGAAUUUAAGAGGAAUCGACCAAGAUUUCUUACCAACGAUGCCCAUCUUGUACAACUUUUUACGUGGUGACGGAGGAUUACCAGCACUUUUACUCAAGGUCGAAGAUGCGAAGACCAAAUAUACUAUGGUGGCUACCUUUGACAACGUUGCGGACCGCGCCCGUCUUCACAAUCUAGUUAGCGGUAUAGCUCUUCGUUCUGCAGAAGGCAUUAUCGCCGAGUCCCCGCUACAAGGCUUCUCUGUCUCGAAUUCGGAGGGAGACAUUAAAUGUCUUCAUUCUCUCGAAUGGCAGAAAUUUAGCUUUAUCAGUCAAGACCAUGCUGGAGACUUGCAAAACGCCAAGACUGUGCUCUCAGAGCAACUGCGUGUGGUUAUGUACUCCAAGGCCGGAACAAUUACUGAUCGCAUCAAUGUGGAACCUGGAGAACUGAAGAUUAGAUUGAGCGUGAAUGCUUCCAACGAACUCAAAAUCUUGCGUCAACCUCAGCACGAUGUUACCUUAGCUAUUGCAGAGGCCUCAGUCCCGAAGGAUUUGCAGCGAGAACUCGCGGCUUCGUUGAGCACUCUUGGAAAUUCUGAAUCAACUCGUACUUACAAAUUUCCGAGUAUGACAGAAUUACACCUCUUCCAGGCCGCAAUGACAGGAUUUGUGGUCUUGUUUGACACAGUCGCGUCUUCAUUCAAUAUCUCCCGGCGACGGAUGGUAGUUCCCAUCUAUAAGAAAUGGGAUGCAGCUAUGACAAGACUGCAGGUUGUUCAGAAAGAGAAGAUUAUCCAACUAGUGGCGUUCUUCGAAAACUUCACACACGGCGACUGCAUGAACUUCACGUUGAAAUCCACGGAUGUUUUCGAAACAUCGAGCCGAGGUGGGAAGUACUCUGUACGAAUUGUAGAUGCUAAGUUUGCCAUGCCGAAAGCUCGGGAAGGAGAGCACGGGAUCGACCAUGAAUUUGUCUGUUUAGACAUGCCAGAAUAUCCUGGCGAACAUGAUGAUAUUACGAUUGUUUUUGAUAGCGAAGCGAUUCGAGACGAAUUUACGAAAGCAUUGCCGGCGCCAGUUAAGGUGGCAUCACGAAUGGGAUCUGUGAGAAGAUGAUGAUGAUGAUCAUGCAUGCCAAAGUUGGAGUACGUUUGUUGCGUUCCUGCAGAAAGCAUUUCUCAGCGAGCAUUUCGGGAUGGAGUGUAGUGAUUGCAUUUGCAUUGCAGGAUGAUAUCCACGGCGCUUCGGGGAUUUCCUUUUACGUCCAUUAUCAGUGGGUGAGACAUACACAAAAGAACGAAAAGUAGAAGGUAGAAGGGAUUGAGAUCCAACUUUCAAACAAUUGAGAGAUUCUGAGAGGACUGUAGAUUAGUAUAUCCAAAUGACAGUGUAGGAG